AUGUCAUCCCUCAAGCGCAGCGCAAACCAGAUCUCUAGCUCAGCAGCGACCACUGCUGCAAAGAAGCAAAAGGCUAAUGCCAGCAUUACCUCGUUCUUUGGAGCGCCAAAGCCAAAACCAAAUGCCUCUCAAGGUGCAGCGACUGCUCCACCUCCUUCCGUAUUUAGAUUCAAUAAAGAGAAAUGGGUGGCAUCGUUAACCGCCGAGCAAAAGGAGCUGCUGCAGCUGGAGAUUGAUACGCUUGACGAGAGCUGGCUAGCCCAUCUCAAGGAAGAGGUGGUCACUCCUGAAUUCCUGAACCUGAAACGCUUCAUCAAAAAGGAGAGGGAUUCAGGUGCUACUAUAUUCCCUCCAGAAAAAGACAUCUAUUCAUGGUCUCGCCAUACUCCUUUGCAUACUGUCAAAGCAGUCAUUCUCGGCCAAGAUCCUUAUCAUAACCAUAACCAAGCUCAUGGCCUUUGCUUCUCGGUCCGCCCACCAACGAAAGCUCCUCCGUCUUUGCGAAACAUAUAUAUUUGCAUUAAGAACGACUACCCAUCCUUUGAGAUCCCUGCCACUGAUGGCUUGUUGACACCCUGGGCCGAGCGUGGCGUUCUCAUGCUCAACACUUGUCUCACAGUCCGAGCCCACAACCCAAACAGUCAUGCGGGUCGUGGCUGGGAACGGUUCACACAGAAGGCUAUUGAUACAGUUGCAAAAGUAAGGACCCGCGGUGUAGUGUUUUUGGCCUGGGGAACUCCUGCCGGUAAAAGGGUCGCCGCAAUCAACAAGGAAAGGCACAAUGUGUUGCAGUCUGUCCAUCCAAGCCCUUUUAGUGCUAAAAACGGGUUUUUCACCAAUCGCCAUUUUAAGCUAUGUAACGAGUGGCUCGCCGAGCGUUACGGAGAAGAUGCAAUGAUUGAAUGGAGUCUAAACCCAAAGAAACCUGUUUUGCCCGCAAACCCGGCUGCCAGUCAAGAGCAGGUUGAGCCUCUUAUUGAAAGCAAAAAUGCAAACAAGCAACCCGCCUCUGCCGACUUGAAGGAUAACGUGGAAGCCGGCGUUCCCGCGGAACCUGAUUCACUAUCUGAUGCGGAUGAUAUUGACGCGCUCGAAGCUUUGGCCGCUGCUGAAAGUGAUCCAGUUUCGAUUCAUGAGCCUUCUGAUAAAGAAGAAUCAGAUCCCAAGAAUGACAAGUGA